AACUCAAACCAAAGCCGAAACCAAACCAUUCAAAAGUUAAAGCCAAAGGCAGAGUUUUUUCAUUUAGUUUUUCAAGUAGAAGAAGAACAAAAUAGUGAAACUGAAGAAGAGAAAGAGAGAAUAAGAGAUGGAGACCAUGGGCGUCGACUACUACAAAAUUUUGCAAGUUGAUAGAAAUGCAAAAGAUGAUGAUCUGAAGAAAGCUUAUAGAAAACUUGCCAUGAAGUGGCAUCCUGAUAAGAACCCAAAUAACAAGAAAGAAGCUGAGGCUAAGUUUAAACAAAUCUCUGAAGCCUAUGAUGUUCUGAGUGAUCCCCAAAAAAGAGUUGUAUAUGAUCAGUAUGGUGAGGAGGGCCUAAAGGGCCAGGUGCCACCGCCGGAUGCUGGCGGUUCGGGUGGUGGAGCAACGUAUUUCUCCACCGGAAACGGACCGACGUCGUUUCAUUUUAACCCGCGAAGCGCGGAUGAUGUGUUUCGGGAGUUUUUUGGUUUUUCAAGCCCAUUUGGUAGUAGUGGUGGGAUGAGAGGGUCAAGGUUUUCAAGUGGGAUGUUUCCAGAGGAAAUGUUUAGUUCUUUCGGUGAAGGAGGAGGAUCAAUGGGUGGCGGUGGUGGUGGGCCUCGGAAAGCUCCACCAAUUGAGAAUAGGUUACCUUGUAGCCUUGAAGAGCUCUAUAAAGGGACUACUAAGAAGAUAAAGAUCUCCAGAGAGAUUGCUGAUAUAAGUGGCAAAAAAAUGCAGGUGGAAGAAAUACUAACCAUUGAUGUGAAGCCCGGAUGGAAGAAAGGAACAAAGAUCACCUUCCCUGAGAAAGGAAAUGAACAACCAAAUGUUGUACCUGCAGAUCUCGUCUUCAUCAUUGAUGAGAAGCCUCACAGUGUGUUCACCAGAGACGGAAAUGAUUUGAUUGUUACACAAAAGAUAUCUUUAGCAGAAGCCUUGACAGGCUAUACAGUUCAUCUGACGACUCUGGAUGGCAGGAAUUUAGCCAUUCCUAUCAAUACUGUAAUUCAUCCUAACUACGAGGAGAUUGUACCAAGGGAAGGGAUGCCACUUCAAAAAGAUCCAUCAAAGAGAGGAAACUUGAUAAUCAAAUUCAAUAUCAAGUUCCCAACAAGGUUGACUGCUGAGCAGAAAGCUGGAAUCAAGAAACUUUUAGGUCCUUGAGAUUGGUAUGACCAAAUAAUACUGAGGCUGAGCACAUUUUUGUGAAUAUUAAUACAUUUCAGAUUUAUCUGAAUCUUUGCAAAAACAUAGUGGUAUCAUGGUUGUUAUCUUCUUAUAUUGUGAUUUAGAAAUUAAAUAAUUUAAUUCGAUUUUUAGGGAUAUUUGGAGUUGUUUUAAUACAUUUAACAAUCAUCGCAUUCUCAAAAGUAAUCGGCAGUAAACCAGUGU